AUGUUGUCAUAUUUUCUAUGGGUAGCUGAUCUCUAUAGAUCGUUCGAUCUGCGACCAUCUCUCGUCGAGGUUCUCCUUUCUCGAUCAGAUGAACUUAGUCGGAAAAAUUUGAUGGAGCGGAUUGAAGAGGCUGCGCCAGGGUAUUUGGAGGCCGAAGAGGAAGGAGGUGGAUUUGCUGGCGAGUAUGAUAUUGUUCAGAUUGAGUUUGAGCCAUGA